UUGCGCUAAUUAGAAUACAACAGAAUCUCUUCUUCAAAUUCUCUCUCUUUCUUCUCUCUCGACACAGUUCCCCUGUACGUCGUCGUUUCACCGAUCUCAUCCACGCCGAUCGCGGUCCAACCAAGUUCAAGAAGGAGGUGGAAGGUUCUGGCAAUCGGUGGAGAGUAAACUCCACUAGUGCCAAUGCGGAAUUCGAGUACCAAAUCAUAAGUUCUUCCCUGUUCUGCGAAAGUUGAGUGAAGUAGUCGGUUCCACGAUCCUCUGUCUCCGGUCGCCAGUGAUGGGUCGUCGGACUGCGUAGGAGCUCGCAAUUGAUCUUGCCGAAGCAGAGAUUCUCAGUCUCCUGCUUCCGGCUGGAACCGCGUCAGUUUUUUUGUUCUCCGAAUUUGGAAUUUGAAAUUCUCUUUGGACGAAAGGAUGUCGUCUAAGGUUGUGUACGAAGGGUGGAUGGUGCGGUACGGCCGGCGGAAGAUCGGGAGAUCGUUCAUUCACAUGAGGUACUUCGUGUUGGAGUCGCGGCUUCUCGCCUAUUACAAGAGGAAACCGCAGGAUAAUCAGGUGGUCCCAAUUAAAACACUGCUAAUUGACGGCAACUGCAGAGUGGAGGAUAGAGGCUUGAAGACUCAUCAUGGACAUAUGGUUUAUGUUUUGUCGGUUUACAACAAGAAAGAAAAGAACCAUCGAAUUAUGAUGGCAGCAUUUAACAUCCAAGAGGCCCUAAUUUGGAAGGAAAAAAUAGAGUAUGUUAUUGAUCAGCACCAGGGAGCUCAACCAUCAAAUGGCAACAAAUAUAUUUCUUUUGAGUACAAAUCUGGGAUGGACAAUGGAAAGACAGCUUCUUCCUCAGAUCGUGAAAGCCAGUUCAGUGCUCAGGAGGAUGAAGAUGAUACUCAUCCUAAUUUGUUAAGAAGAACAACAAUUGGAAAUGGCCCUCCUGAAUCAGUUUUUGACUGGACACGGGAAAUAGACUCGGAUUUGUCAAAUCAGAAUAUCAACAACCAAGCAUUCUCAAGAAAACAUUGGCGUCUUUUACAAUGUCAAGAUGGACUUCGUAUUUUUGAAGAACUCGUUGAAGUUGAUUACCUUCCAAGGAGCUGCAGUAGAGCUAUGAAGGCAGUAGGUGUUGUGGAGGCGACUUGUGAAGAAAUUUUUGAACUUGUGAUGAGCAUGGAUGGGACACGGUUUGAAUGGGAUUGCAGUUUCCUACAUGGUAGUUUAGUUGAGGAGGUGGAUGGGCAUACAGCAGUUCUUUAUCAUCGACUUCAGCUAGAUUGGUUUCCAAUGUUUGUGUGGCCCCGUGAUCUUUGUUAUGUACGAUAUUGGCGCCGAAAUGAUGAUGGAAGUUAUGUUGUUUUAUUUCGUUCUAGGGAGCAUGAAAACUGCAGUCCACAGCCAGGGUGUGUUCGAGCACAUAUUGAGAGUGGAGGAUUUAAUAUUUCCCCCUUAAAACCUCGAAAUGGAAGGCCAAGGACACAAGUCCAGCAUCUUAUGCAGAUUGAUCUGAAGGGAUGGGGUGUGGGUUACCUGUCAUCUUUUCAGCAGUAUUGUGUCCGUCAAAUGUUAAAUAGUGUAGCUGGUUUACGUGAAUGGUUUGCCCAAUCAGAUGAAAGAAACGCUCAUCCAAGAAUUCCUGUCAUGGUUAACAUGUCCUCAACAUCUGUUUCUUCAAAGAAGAAUCAGAAGCCAAAUGAUUUUUCUGUCAAUCCUUCUUCUCUUGAUCAAAUGAAUUCUGCAAGCAGAAACUCUGCCUUGAUAGAUGAAUAUUCUGAUGAUGAAGAAGAUUUUCAAAUAGCAGAAUCUGAACAAGAGGCGUACCAAAUUGGUCUUGAGAAUGAUGUGAAAAGAACAGCUUUGGAAGAAGAACCUGCAAAUGAAAUCGACUUAUCUUCCUUUUCGGGAAAUUUGCGCCGGGAUGACCGAGAUAAUGCUAGGGACUGCUGGAAAAUUUCUGAUGGAAAUAACUUUAGAGUCAGAAGCAAGCAUUUUUGUUAUGACAAGUCGAAGGUUCCUGCUGGCAAGCAUAUGCUGGAUCUUGUUGCUGUAGAUUGGUUUAAGGACUCAAAAAGGAUGGACCAUGUGGCUAGGCGUCAUGGUUGUGCAGCCCAAGUAGCUUCAGAAAAAGGAUUUUUCUCCAUUGUCAUUAAUCUUCAAGUGCCUGCAUCAACACACUAUAGUAUGGUUUUUUAUUUUGUGACAAAGGAGUUAGUUUCUGGAUCCCUGUUGCAUCGCUUUGUUGAUGGUGAUGAUGAGUUUCGAAACAGCAGGUUUAAGCUUAUACCAUCAGUCCCUAAGGGUUCAUGGAUUGUACGCCAGAGUGUUGGGAGUACUCCUUGUUUGCUGGGAAAGGCAGUUGAUUGCAACUACAUUCGUGGUGCCAAGUAUUUAGAAAUUGAUGUUGAUAUUGGUUCCUCUACUGUUGCCAAUGGAGUUUUGGGGCUGGUUAUUGGUGUGAUUACAACAUUGGUUGUAGAUAUGGCUUUUCUUGUACAGGCAAAUACUCCCGAUGAGUUGCCCGAGAGGCUUAUUGGAGCUGUUCGUAUUUCUCACUUAGAGCUUAAAUCUGCCAUCGUCCCAAAACUGGAACAGGAUGUAUCAUGACUAACUCAGUCGUUUCUGUUCUAUACAAAAUCAUUUGUUAGCAAUAUGCAAGUGUACCAUUUUUUUUCUCUGGGAUGUAGGCUCAUUGUUUUAUAAUUGGGUUCUUCUGUGAAACAUUAAAAGGAAAUUCUUCUUUUCUUUUUCCUUUUUGCUUUUUUUAGUUCAUUUUAAGUUUUUAAGCUGUUAGGAUCUGUAUUUUGUCAAAGUAUUCAUAUUCGGAUAUAUUUCAUCUGAUUAUGAAAUAUUGUUAUAUAGUUUCAAACAAUUUUUUGUAACUCCCAGUAAGUCGAAGGAAGAAAAAGGUUCAGUUCAGUCAUUCAUCUCGUCAUGGAAUUUGCUUGUGUAAUAAUGUACAUAGUUUCUCCUGCAUAUAGUUUAUUUUCCAUGACAACUUCCUCUCCAC